AUGGACUGUUGAGCGCAUGAGCAGGCUGUCGCUAAGGAAUUCACCUUAGGUGUCCCCCCCCUUCCUGCAGUAUAGGAUAUUUAUUUUCAUUUCAGGGAUUGAGAACUUUUAAAAUAGAGGAGAGGUGAAGACAAAAAGAAGAAAAGCUCGCGCAUCAUGUGUCUGUGGCUGCUUGGAUGUGUGGCAUUUGUGCAGUGCUCGGAGGAGGAGACGCGCGCACCGCGUUAAGGUGUCCACACGCCAUUUAAGACCGCACCUGCAUGGGAGACAAGCGGACUUUUCCAACAGCUUUGAGAGGAAAUCUCAGUAUGAUAUAGGCUGUUCUGACGUCUGCAUCGGCUAUCACCCACUUGCUUUCCUCCCCCCCCUCCUCCUCCCCAAUGUGCAUGACUUUGCGCUGAUCUCCAUCAUCAUCUGCAGCAGCGGCAAGGGGGGGAAACCGCGGGGGAAUGAAGAUUUAAUUUUUCUUUCUUUCUUUUUUCUUUUUUUUUUUGCUCCCAAGAAAUAGGCUAUUAACGACAGCGCGUCUGCUGGUGCUGCUGCAGCUGCAACCAUGCCUCUUGUGCACACUUGGACCGGGAAAUUCCAUCCGCCGAUUUGAUCUCCGAGACUUGCUGCCUGAUUCCGAGCAUCACUUUUUUAUUGUGAACUUAUCGGGCGUGCUGCUGCUUUGAGUAAGAUGUCUGAUCUACUGGUGCUGGUCGAGGGGCUCUGUGACCUGCACGGAUUUCCAUAGCGGGGGGCCAAUUCCUCAGAUUUUUGCCACCGAGAAGCCUACUUGAAGACGUCGCAUGCGUAGAUGUAGGCUCCUUCAUUCUGUUCCCAUUCCCCGUUUUUAGUUUGUGCAUUCUGAAGGAAGGACCACUGGACUGGUUGGAUUAUAGAUACUAGAAAUAAGGAUUUGUGGAGAUGUUGGGUCGUCAGGAAGAUAAAUUAUGUGGAAUUGUCUCUGCUCUGGCGGCUUUGUCCUUCGCAUGCUUUGUUCAAAGCUCCACUGGAAGCACUGGAAUGUCUGUGGCCAAGACCACCGUGGACAAGUUGCUGAAGGGAUAUGACAUCCGUUUAAGGCCUGAUUUUGGAGGUUCUCCAGUCAUCGUUGGGAUGAGCAUCAACAUAGCAAGCAUCGAUUCCAUCUCAGAAGUAAACAUGGACUAUACCAUCACAAUGUAUUUCCAGCAAAGUUGGCGAGACAAGCGUUUGGCUUACGGAGAGCUGAACCUCAACUUGACACUGGAUAAUCGUGUAGCAGAUCAGCUUUGGCUCCCUGACACCUACUUCCUUAAUGACAAGAAGUCCUUCCUUCACGGGGUGACGGUCAAAAACCGCAUGAUCCGACUGCACCCCGACGGCACUGUCUUGUACGGGCUGAGGAUAACCACCACUGCUGCUUGCAUGAUGGACCUGAGGAGGUACCCUCUCGAUGAACAGAACUGCACCUUGGAAAUUGAAAGCUACGGAUACACCACAGAUGACAUUGUGUUCUUCUGGCAAGGAGGGGACAGUGCUGUGACGGGGGUCGACAAGUUGGAGUUACCUCAGUUCUCCAUUGUGGACAUACGCUUGGUUUCCAGGGAUGUCAGGUUCAGUACAGGUUCUUAUCCCAGACUUUCGCUGAGUUUCAGGAUUAAGAGGAACAUUGGAUAUUUCAUCUUGCAGACAUAUAUGCCCUCCAUCUUGAUCACCAUUCUUUCUUGGGUCUCCUUCUGGAUCAAUUAUGAUGCCUCUGCAGCUCGGGUGGCCCUGGGUGUGACCACGGUGCUCACCAUGACGACAAUUAAUACCCACCUGAGGGAGACUCUCCCAAAGAUCCCCUACGUGAAAGCCAUUGAUGUCUACCUCAUGGGCUGUUUUGUGUUUGUGUUCCUGGCCCUGCUCGAAUAUGCCUUUGUAAAUUAUGUGUUCUUUGGCCGGGGCCCGGCACAACAGAAGCAAUUCAACGAGAGGCUGAACAAAGUCAACAAUGAGCGCACGAGAUACGAGGAGAAGCGCCUGAGGGAACAGGACUCCAUUUCCGUGCCGUUUCAAACCAACACCUUCAGGUCAUUUACACAGCGAAGAAAUCUGUAUCUCGAGGAACAAAGAAAAGUUGGGGUGGAUGCGUACGGCAACAUUCUCCUCACCACUCUGGAGAUGAACAACGAAGUGAUGCCUUCUGACAUGGGAAGCAGCGUUAGUGACUCUCGGAAUUCAGUCAUGUCCUUUGACAGCUCCGGGGUCCAAUUCAGGAAGCCCAUGGCACCCCGAGACGGCUUCAGCCACCACUCUCUGGAUCGGAGCGCUAUGCGGAGCCGGGCCAACUGUCGACUACGGCGACGCUCAUCCAAGCUCAAGUUAAAAAUCCCAAACCUGUCAGAUGUAAGCACCAUUGACAAGUGGUCCCGGGUCAUAUUCCCUAUCACUUUUGGAUUUUUCAACCUAAUUUACUGGUUAUACUAUGUGAAUUGAUGUGCAUCCCACUAGGAAUCAUGGGCCAUAUUUUGAGAGCACAUUGAAUUGGCUUUGAUACAGUUCCAAAAUAUGUAUACACAUAUACAGGUUGAACAUAUGUAUAUGCAUAUUUCUAUACAGUAUAUUAUAUUUCUAUAUACACACACGUGGAACCUGAAGGACUUUUCUGCUGUAAAAAAUAUUAAUAGGAUGACUUGAAUGUUUCAAAAUAAUUGAGAGAGAAGAAUUUCAAGGCUUUGAGUUCCUUUUUCCUCCUGGAAGAAACAAAUGAACAAACACAAGAUCCCAGCGGGGAUUUUUGGAACUAAAGACUGCAUGAUAUUUUUGCUACAAAAAAAUGGGGAAAAAAAGAAGAAAAAGAAGAGAAGCUCUUGAAGGAGAGAAGAUACCCCCCCCCCCCCUCCCCAUUGACUUUUUAACGUUGUAAUCAGAAAUCCUCUACUGCAGCUCAUGAAUUCAGUAGUGGCUUGUCUGCCCCCCCACCACCACCACCCCGUCACCCCUCACCCCUAUUAUGCCCAUGGAUACCAGGUGCACGGGAAUCUCCGGUUCCAACCUGUACAGCAACCUUGUGUUGUUCCUUAUUUUAUUGUUAGUUCGACAUAUUUUUGGAAGCUGUAGCGUUCUCUUGAUCAGACAUCAACGGGCCUAAAGGUGUACCCGUUUGACCGUCACAUUUGUGCACCAGAGUUGACGCAAACUUCAAGUUGUUUUCAGGAAAACGUCCUCAAGGUAGGAGGAGGGGGCGAGGGGUCUGCUGUCUGCUACGGUUCAAAACUGAUUAUUGUAGAUAUGAUUUUGUCUUGAGAAAUACUGUGAUUUCAAAGAGCAUCAGAACUUGUUCUAGAGCUAGGGCAUUACGUGAUGAGAGUCAAAGGUUCGCAUUAUUCAUUUGGGUUGUCUGGGGAGAAAAAGAAAAGCGUUGUGUACAUUUUAUUCAUUGAAAGUAUAUUUGUACUCUUUAUUUCCUCCUGUCAACUGAGUCUCUUUGGACGCAGCGCUCAUGAACGUCAUAUCCUUACGUGUUUGCAAAAGGUACUGGGGCGGGAGGGGGCCGGGAAGGGAGUGGUGUGUUGCUUGUUGUGAUGUAUUCGAACUAAUCCACGGUAAAGAUGUAUGAAUUAUGUAUAUUCAAAAGAGUCAACCUAUCAGGCCACAGUUUCGUAGUUGUCACACUUUAUUUGUUAGUUGGGCAUUUCUUCAGAGUUGGACUGGAAGAGCGCAUCGCGACUGGAGUGGGAUCGUAAAAGACUGCAGAAAGAGAACAUUUUGAAGCCAAAUUCACAAAGCUUGCAAAUAUAAUUGUCGCUUGAAGCAAAACAGUCAUUUAAGUUGAAAUGAGAACCAAAAUAAGCCCAUAAUCCGAAAGCAGUACUGUUUUGUUCAAUCAAAUACGUUUUGUUGUCCCUGCAUAAGAAAUGAAAAGAGUGCGUUAAAGAAUGGAAAGAGUAGAUGACAAAAUGGCAAAAAUGACAAUAUUCUAGUCUUAGAAGCAUGAUAAGGAGAUAUAGGACCACUACAUGGGCAAAAGCAUUGGGACAGCAAUGACAGCUAAAAAUGGAAGGACAUAUUCAGUAAGUUUGUGUCCACUUCGAACAUUUGAACACAAUCGCUGAUCUAGUUCAUCCCAAAGUUGUUUGAUGAGGUUGAGGUCUGUGUUCUGUGAGUUCCCUCAUUCCAAACUCAUCAGAGGGUGCGUCUAUUGACCCUUGCGUUUAUGGACUUUGCUUUGUCCAUUGGGGCACAUUCAUGCUAGUAAGUAGUGAUGGGAAACUCCCUUCCUUUGACUGACUCUGGCUCUUAAGAGUCAAUCACUGAAGUGAAUCGGGUAGUUGAUUCAUAGGAGUCACUUGUCACAGGGCGCAUGCGCAGAAACUCUGAGAGAUGGUAGAUGCUCAGGGGCAACUGUGAGUCAGUGAGACUCCAGUCUUUGUGGAGUACCCUUGAAUCAGUGAAACUCCAGUGUUUGUCAAGCACCCGUGAGCCAGUGACACUUAAGUCUUUGUUGAACACUCUGAGUCAGUGAAACUGCAGUCUUUGCCGAGUACCCGUGAGUCAGUAAACUCGAGUCUUCGUCAAGCACCUUUGAGUCAGUGAAAGUCCGGUCUUCGAGGACCCAUGAGUCAGUGAAACUCCAGACUUCGUGGAGUACUUGUGAGUCAGUAAAACUCCAGUUUUAUCAAGCAGCUGUGAGUCAGUGAAACUCUAAUCUUCGUCAAGCACACUGAGUCAGUGAUACGAUACGUCAUUCUUUGUCGAGCACCCGUGAGUCAGUCAAACUCCAGUCUUCAUGGAGUACCUGUGAGUCAGUCAAACUCCAGUCUUCAUGGAGUACCUGUGAGUCAGUCAAACUCCAGUCUUCAUUGAGUACCUGUGAGUCAGUCAAACUCCAGUCUUCAUGUAGUACCUGUGAGUCAGUCAAACUCCAGUCUUCAUUGAGUACCUGUGAGUCAGUCAAACUCCAGUCUUCAUGUAGUACCUGUGAGUCAGUCAAACUCCAGUCUUCAUGGAGUCCUCGUGAGUCAGUGAAACUUCAGUCUUCAUGGAAUACCCGUGAGUCACUGAAACGCCAGUCUUCAUGGAGUACCUGAGUCAGUGAAGCUCCAGUCUUCGUCAAGUACCCUGAGUCAGUGAAACUCGAGUCUUCGUGGAGUACCCGUGAGUCGAGAGUCUUUGUCAGGCACCCUGAGUCGGUGAAAGUCAAAUUAGUAUAAAAUAGUUAAAAGGAACACUUGAAUUCAUUGUUAAAUUGAGAAGCGUGUCUCAAUACUUUUGCCCAUAUAGCGGUUUAGAGAUGAUAUUCCACAAGCACAUGAGGACAAGAUGAGUCAGUUACUAAAACCACUCGGCGUACAUGCAUAAGAUGUGUCCAAAAAUGGAAUACUAGUCAGAAAAUAAGAAAUGACUUUGUCAGACGGUAGUUUGUAUACUAGUGGCCGCACAUGUUGCGUAUUGGCAUCAUGAAGACGAAGCCCUCCUGUUAGCCACAAAUAUGUAGGGUAGAUAUUGAGAAAAAAAAAAGUAUUUGUGUUGUUUGUAAAGACCCAACAAGAAUCGCAGGUAUUUGAUAUUCAUUUAUUUAAAUUCCAAAUCUUGAAAAUGCAACUUGGAUACUGUUUUUCUUCAAACUGAUAUUCUCUUGUACAUGAGCUCGUCUUUUAAAGAUGAGUACAUUUUGAACAUUAUUACUUGCAACUGGAAUAUUUGAUUUGCAGGCCCACACUCAUCUGAAGACUAUAUUUAUCCAUAAUUGUUAUAUUAGAUGUUAGCGGGCCACCGUGUCCAAUGAUGAGGUGUUCAGGCAAUCGUUUUGCAUAUUUCGAAUGUGAGCUCGUGACACUUACUUGUAUGGUUUCUGGUGACUUUGCCCCUAGUAUUAAUGAAGGUGGUGAGGGACUUCUUUAAUAACACACUUAUUUCUAGUCAUUCCACUUGAGGGUUGAGUCGGAGCGGCUGUUUGGUCCAGUGCAAGAAUUGUUCUUUGUAUUUGCAAACAAAGUCGAGAAUCAAACGUGCCACUUUUUCCCCCUGAACUUCCACAAUCACGACCCUUGCAUGCAUCAAAGUAUAUUCACCUGUCGCCGCUUUCUGGAUAUAGAAUUAGCACAAUCACCCCAAAAGCUGUGAGGACCUUCAGUUGGAUGCUUUACUUUGUAUUUGUUUGUACAAGAGAGACCAUACAUUUCAUUUGAUACAUGUUUAAGGUGUAGAGGAGACGAAAAAAACAAGUGUUGAUCUGAGUUCAAUGUGAAUUUUCUUGCCUCUAGUGUAUAUGUGUAAUUACAUGUGAAUUGUACUGUAAAUACGAUAUCUUUCACUUAAUAGUUCUUAAUGCAUGAACAAAAACAUGGCAGUUCGUAAAUACCAGCUAGCCUCACUGCUAAUGGCAUGGACCGCUUCUCUAGCAUUGGCAUACUUCUGCAAACGAAACCAAGAAGAAGAAGAAGAAGAAAAAAAAAGCAGAAACGUGUGAACAAAAUAAUGGCGAAAUCAACAAGUCCUCUUACAGUGAUGGAGUUUGUGGAGACUCUGUCCAGGUCCACCUGUCCCCUCAAGUGCAAAGCUCAUGUUGACAGAAGGCUUUGGCUCACUGUCAGCAAAUGGGAUGGCGUUGCCUUGAAUGAAAUUUUCUAGUUGCCCCGGUCACCGAAAGUAGGAUUUUUUGCAGUAUGAGAACGUGUAGUGUUUACCUCAGCCAUCAACUAGUCACCAGUCAUCUCCGAGUUUCUAUGUAUAUUUACAAAGAAGGGCAUUAUGGCCACGCUGGCUUACAGAGGCUAGAGGAGCAGGAUAUGCCUUAAGAAGGCGAGUGGGAUGUUCUUUCCUGUUCCUCAAAAACAACAAAAAAAAAACAAACUUGUGUGCCCUUGAGUAGGGCACUUAGCCAAGUGCCCUCAUGCAGCUGCUCCCUUGCCAACAAUAGAACUUAAGUAAAUAUGUUCAGCUAUGUCAAAGAUAGUUUUAGUCAUUUGUGGGGGGGGGGUUGUUGUUGUUGCUUUGAAGGUGGAUUUUAAAAACAAAAUACAUAAAAUUCUUAGGAACUCUUCUGGAAUUUUGCCCAUCAUCCACAAGGCCCACCUACAAAGUCCUCUUGAAAAAAAACAAAAACAAAACAUCCAACAAAGUUGUAUAUACAUGUUGUAACCUCGCAGCAACAUGCACAUGGAUGAUAACUGCAGUAUUUCAGUGGGGCCCUAUCAAAUCCCCCCCUUUUUUUCCCAAAUUCCAAUUUUUCCGUUUUUUCACCUUUUACGCUUCUUUCACCAGCAUAGACGCGCUGUCCACACAGAUUGUCUUUUCUGGUGGGUGGAAAAAAAUUGCAUUCAGACCGUUCUGGAUGAGUAAGCAGUUGCAUCCGGACGGGAACAGAUCGUUGGGUGAAAAUAAGGCUGGGCGAUACCGGCAUAUUGAGAUUAUUACAAUAUCGAUAUUUCUUUAUGCGCGAUAUCAAAAACAAACAUAUCAUUCAUAUCGAUAUAGAUUGGAUUUGCGCUGUUCUCUUGUAUGUUGACGGGGAUGUCUCACUCCUGUGUGAGUGUCAGCGCUCCUGAGCGGGGUAUCUUGCCCCGCAUUCCUCCGUGUAUACAUCCAACUACUUUUUCUGCCGUCGUUGGAGUUUUCUGGUAUUUGCUGACUUGAAAUGCAAAGAAGAGGGAAAGAAACAUUUGCACUUGUCUCACAUUAAGUAGUGCAGACGAUGAACUCCAGAAAGAUUUCCUUUUCAAGGAAAACUGGAGGUUUUUUGGGGGUGUUUUUAAUAGCAGGCUUUCUGGGUGGAAUAGGUGUGUCCCAUUACGUGCAUGAAUUAGCUGCCUCUUUUUAGCUGUCCUUUACAAUGCACAGUAAAGAGAAAGACGUGUGUUCAUGUCUCACAUAAAGACUGGGGAUGAUGGGCAAAAUUCCCCAAAAAAGUGCACUUUUCCUUUAAGGCCACACUGAAAAGAAUUGUAAAAUUACAAGAAAAAAGGUGUAAAAUCAAAAAGCAAAAAUUCUCUUUUGUUAGUGUAAUCAAGAUCUAAAUCCAAUAAACGCAUGUCAGUCCGUUUGCACAAUCAUGUGCCAAAACUUUGACUAGUCUGUUUUUCAUUGCUAAACUCCUUGCAGGUGCUUGUUCUAACGCAGCUUUUAUGAUAGUCAUGCAACAACUUCAUUGCCAUAAAAUUAGCGUUGCAGGAUUACAAUACUUUCCCGACCUUAUUCGCCUUUUUCCCCCUUUUUCAGGUGUUGCCCAAACACUACUUUGUAUAAAAUUAACCAAAUAAGUGAAUAACUGCUAUGAAAGUGACUCUCAAUUCUGACAUUUUGUAGAAAUGACACACGGGGGGAGGGAUUACUUUUGUACAUAUUACAAAACUAGUCCCAUUUUCAAAUGCGUAAUACAGUAAUCCCUCGUUUAUCGCGGUUAAUCAGUUCCAGACCUAACUGUGAUAAGUGAAUUCCCAUAAAGUACUUUAACUUUAAUUAUACACUAAGUCCCCAACUAACGAACACAAUUGGUUCCAGACGACCGUUUUUAUGUCGAAAUGUUCUUAAGUAGGGGAAAAGGUAAUAUUACCAAUGAUAUAGGUACUACAUGUACAUGUAUACAUAUACAGUAUAUGUGUAUGUAUGUAAAUAUGAGUUUGGAUGCAGUAGUAAUAUUAAACCAGGAUAAUUAAUGAAAAAACAAUAAUAAAGAGGUUGUACAAUUUAGAUUUCCAUUAUAUUAUUUUAUAGCAGUAUAAAUACUGAUUGAGCGACUACAAGGCAAAAUAAAAUAAAAUAUAGACCAGUCGGCUUGUGUUCGUAUCCGUGAGUGUUCGCUAGUCGGGUGUUCGUAAGUUGGGGACCUAGUCUGUGUAGGCUCUCAGUCGUACAGGAGUUGUCCAUCGAGGAAAAGGCUUCUUGAGACGUCAUCUGUACUUCUGU